AAGAAGAAGCAAAGCAUGUCGGCGCCCUGCAGCAGGAUUUACUGACAGGCAGCGACUUAGGUCAGAAUAACAGCUUUAAUCCUGAGAAAUCAACCAGAGGGACACCAGGAGGGAACAUGUUUCCAGAAACGGCUCAGUGUCUAAAGACGGCGGCUCCGCUGUUGUCUAGAAAAGUCUUGUUGAAGGAUUUGUCCUCACAUGGAGGAGCCAGCCGGCUGCACGCACGGAGACACUUCGGGGUCGGCCGCUGUCUGACAGCCAAGGUCCCCCCUGCGCGCAGACCCAUGGAGAGAGUGGAGAUCCCCGGACUGGAGAUGGUCACCUUCGGCGAGAAGAUGCACUAUGUACCGGGGCUGGCUAAGCCCGUCAGCCCGCAGUGGGAGAGGGACUACAAGGACCCGAGAUUUUACAGGUCCCCCCCGUCUCACGAGAUGCCGCUGUUCAAAGAGAAACCGUGCCAUGUGUACAACCAGAGGACCAGCGCGCUGGAAGGUGUGCGUCAGGCUCUGUGGUUGACCAAAACCAAGCUGAUCUCUGGUCUGCCGCCUCAGCUGCUCUCAUUGGCGGAGAGUCCUGCCAAUCAGAUACCAGAUCAGGAAGAACGCGUGCAGAACGCCAUCAAACAUGCCCGCUUCUGGGACACGACAGAGGAACGACCAGGCAAAGAGAAAUACAGCAACACUUUGCUACUGAACUUGCUCCAUCUGUGUGCAACUCUACAGUCCACUCAUCCAGCGCUUGGAAGGAGGAUCUUUGCUGAGAAAUACUCACUGGCAGCAACGUGGAAAAGAGGUGAGGACCUGUUCCAGGUUAGAGGUCAGAACGGUUUACUGCAUAACUGCAAGGAUCCUCUCCCCGAGAUUUCCGGGAAACAGGAAGUGAGCGACACGGCAGAUCACGUCCUGGAAACCUUCUAUCCCGUCUCCCCCACCAUCGACCUGCAGAAAGUAAACGUGUACAAGGAGGAGGUGAACUGCACAGGUUUCAGGGGCGACUACCCUUACCCUCAUGCCCACACACUUUACUUCCUGGAGGGAGCUGACGCUUGCUGUAAGCUCCGCCCAGAACAGUUCAGAGCCAAGAUGGUCAUGUUCACCUUUGGAAACGCUCUGGCCCGUGCACACAGACUGUAUGGGCCCCAACCCCAGCGUGUAUUGGACCGUCCUGUAACCGUACAGGCUGUGGGGACCAACGGUAGAAUUUUCCAGUUUAUGGUUUUCCAGCUCAACACCACAGAUCUCUCAGGAGACGACGGCGUCAAGAACCAGGUGUGGCUGGAAGAAGAUGUUGAGCUCUACGAUUUUGCUAAAGUCCGACCACUCAUCAAGAAGAAGCAAGUGAAGGUACCGGCUGGUCUGGCAGGAUACAAGAGUGAAACAUUCAGCAAGUUCCUGGCCCUGUACCUGCACGGAGCCGUGUAGGACAACAUGUGUGUGACUGAGCAGUGAGUCACCUUUCAAGUAUGUGUGUUUCGUGUGUCUGGGAUGUAAACCAAUAUCUCUUCCCUUCCUGUCAGUCAAUGAGCUGGAUCAUUUCUACAGACUGAAGCUGCAAAUCUCAUUUUAACAAUCUGACUUCUCCUCCUCCUCUCUUUGUUCGUGCUCGCCCAAUAAAAAACUGUCAUUUUGAAUAUGUA